UUUGCCUUCCUGUAUAUUUGUCCUCCGGCCCCUAUAAAAUUUAUGGGAGCUAUAAAUUUACAACUGAAUAUUAGGAAUUAGGUACCUCCCUAUAUCAAACAUUGAUAAAGUUUGUGGAAAGUGGACGUGUCCUUUGAAAAUGGGCUAAAAUAUACAGAAGAUGUCAGUGAAGACAGCAGAGUAUGUUCCCCUGACGGUGAAGGAGAAGUGUGUGCGAUGCCUGAAGGGACCCAACCUGAUCCGGUCUCUCAUCCUGCUGGUGUGCUUCGUACUCGUGGUGGAGCAGCUAACCUCGUGCGUGCAGAAGAUCAUCCGCAUCCCGAUCACCACGUACACGCACUUCGAGUUCAACAAGACGCUGCUGUACCCGAGCCUCACCUUCUGUCGGGAGCCGCCCUACAAGUACAACCAGCUCGCGAAAUAUGGCAUGUACGUGCACCCCUACUACACCUCGACGUGGCGCAACUUCGACUUCGACAACGUGUCGUUGGACGAGUUCUGGGAGGACGUCACCUACAAGCAUGACGACAUCUUCGUCGUCUACGGUCUCGAUGGUGAAUCGACUAACAUACAGCCGAAAAGUGUGGACAGUCUGAAGCACGGGCGCUGCUACACCCUGGAGCCUUCGACCCUGGUGACCCGAGCCUCAAAGACCACGGGCUACUCCAUUACGCUGCAGCACAGCGUCCAAGAUUUUGGGGCCUUCAUCAGUCUGCACCCGCCAGGGUACCACGUAUUUAUACAUUACAAGGAGGAGCCGUUUACUGAGAUAGAGGUGCACAACGCGGGUCUGAUCGACUACCUGUACAUCCACUCGGGCGAGGAGAUCGACGUAAAGCUGACGGUGGACCAGUACUUCAAGCUGAGCGACGACGACGACCCCUGCACUGAUGACAGGAACUACAGCGCUAACUUGUGUGCGACGGAGCUGGUGAGCCGACAGGUGGGCGCGGCGGUGGGGUGCUCCGGCCCCUGGAUGCAUCCCGCCACCCCGCGCUGCGGGAACUACAGCGCUAUGAAGACACUCAUCUCUUCGUAUAUGCAACAAACAGAAGGCCCGGACUUCGCGCUCGGCACGUGCCCCCGGUUCUGCCUCUCCUACCUGUACAACGCGUUCGUGGUGGACCGCCAGCGCAACUACUGGUGGGACGGGCCCAACCGGGCGUGGGCCGCGCGCAGCGGCGAGGUGGCGCUGCAGACACAGAUGUUCAUCCACUUCAACUCGAUGAUGGUGUCGUUCUACGAGGAGCGGCACAACUACGACUGGAACCUGUUCCUGUCCGACCUGGGCGGCAGCGUCGGUUUCCUCCUCGGCCUCUCCGUGGUGAGUCUCAUGUCGAUCUUCGGCAAAGUCUUCUCGACGGUCAAGGAGGUAGCAAAGUCGAGCAAGUCCACCCGAGACGCCUCCAGUGUGGCCAACAGUACAGUCAAGAUCACUGAAGAUGACAAGCCGAGGAGGGACAGAGACGCCGACUAUGUGAAGAAGUGCAAGGAAUGGAAUGCCAGGAAUGAGAGACUUGACAUUUGAAAUGAAGAUGUGUAGUGGAGAGUAAUCGAUGUUUGGCUUUUAGUAUAAUUAUUGUUUCUGCAUCAUA